AGCAGCAGUCAAUGGUUGUAACCAUUACCACGGUAACCAUAGUAACCCUAGUUGUUCCCUGUUGAAUAACAGUUGUAAGAAGCUUACUGGUCAGACGACCUUUGUUCCAGAAUAUUGUCAUGGAAGUGCUGUUCCUGCUUUAUCUCAAACAGUACUGUCAAGGAUAACCGAACAUGUUUCACAUAUCUUUUCUUUGUAGUUCUUUUAGUUAGGAAUGAUGUUGAUGUAACAGUUUUUUCAGUUGGAUCAAAGCAGUUGUUUGAUUCCUGUCAUAAUUUGAUGUAACAGAAUGGUGUGGCAGAGAAAUUCUUGGAUAGUUAUAGUUUUGAUCAUACUAGUUUUUGGAGUAAACUUUUACAUUGUUCAGGCCAAGUCUCAUCGGAUUCUUUUGGAUACAGAUGUCAAUACUGAUGAUUUCUUUGCUCUCUUGUACCUCUUGAAGCUUGAAAGAUCAGAAUUCGAAUUGGAGGCAAUCACUAUCAACACAAAUUCAUGGAGUGAUGCUGGGCAUGCUGUGAAUCAUAUAUAUGACUUGCUUUACAUGAUGGGUCGCAAUGACAUAGCUGUUGGAGUAGGAGGAGAGGGUGGAAUCAUGGAAGAUGGUACCUUACUACCAAAUGUUGGUGGACAUCUUCCAUUAAUUGAACAGGGGAUGACAACAGCCGGAGGUUGUAGAUAUAGGCAAGCAAUUCCGGUAGGCCUUGGGGGACGAUUAGAUAUAGACACCAACUUUGGCAUUCGAAAAGCAUUCCUUCCACGGGGCAGCAGGAAAUAUUCUCCUCUUCAACAGCCUACUGCUCAGCAAGUGAUGAUUGAAAAAAUAUCUGCAGGUCCUAUUACUGUCUUCUUAAUUGGAGCUCACACGAAUUUUGCCAUUUUUCUCAUGAAUAAUCCACAUCUCAAGAAAAAUGUUGAGCACAUAUAUGUCAUGGGUGGUGGAGUGCGGUCCAAAAACACAACAGGUUGCUGCCCGCAAAAUGCUAGCACGUCUUGCGAGCCUAGCCAGUGUGGUUACCCUGGUAAUCUGUUCACAGACUACAACAGUAAUCCUUAUGCUGAGUUUAAUAUCUUUGGAGAUCCUUUUGCAGCAUAUCAGGUUUUUCAUUCUGGUAUUCCAGUCACCCUUGUUCCUUUGGAUGCAACAAACACCAUCCCGAUAACUGAGGAGUUUUUCAAGGCUUUUGAGGAGAGCCAGGGAACUUAUGAGGCAGAAUAUUGUUUCCGGGCCUUGAAAAUGGCUCGUGAUACUUGGUUUGAUGACCAAUUCUACACGAGCUACUUCAUGUGGGACUCCUUCACAUCCGGUAUAGCAGUCUCAAUCAUGCGUAAUUCAAACAAGAAUAAAGGGGAGAAUGAAUUUGCUGAAAUGGAAUACAUUAAUAUAACUGUAGUUACUUCAAACAAGCCUUAUGGGAUAUCUGAUGGUUCCAAUCCAUUAUUUGAUGGCCUUAAAGUUCCAAAGUUUGAAUUGAAGAAAGAUGGAGUGCAUAGUGGUCAUGUCCAGACAGGACUUCGAGAUCCAUUUUGCUUUGUAGAGAAUGAAAAAGGGAAAUGCAAGGAUGGUUACACAGAGGAGGUAACUGGUCCAGACGCAGUUCGUGCUCUUGUUGCUACAAAGGCAAAAGCUAAUCAGGAUGUUGGCAGCAAACUUGAUCGAGAAUUUUACAUAAGUUUUUUGGAUGUUCUAAAUCGACCUGAACAUUCCGGGAGGUUCAAUCUUAUGACAGAAUUUCCUUAUUACAGAGAAGUUCUUUACAAACCAGAUUUUAAACACAAAAAGUUGGGAAAACCUGUUGUUUUUGAUAUGGAUAUGAGCGCUGGAGAUUUUCUGGCUCUAUUUUAUCUCCUCAAAGUGCCUGUGGAAGUUCUCAACCUCAAGGCAAUAUUAGUAAGUCCAACCGGUUGGGCUAGUGCUGCAACACUAGAUAUCAUCUAUGAUUUACUGCACAUGAUGGGCCGUGAUGACAUUCCAGUUGGUCUAGGAGAUGUAUUUGCAAUGAACCAGUCUGACAAAAUUUUCUCCUAUGUUGGAGACUGCAAGUAUGCUAAGGCUAUCCCUCAUGGAAGUGGGGGAUUCCUGGAUUCUGAUACUCUUUAUGGGCUAGCUCGGGACUUGCCACGAAGUCCUAGAAGGUAUACAGCAGAAAACUCAGUAGAAUUUGGAGCUCCUCGAGAUACUGAUCACCCUGAACUAAGACAACCUCUGGCACUGGAAAUUUGGACUUCAAUAUUGAAAACUUUGGAUCCUGGAUCUAAAAUUACCGUAUUGACCAAUGGACCUUUGACUAGUUUAGCAAAGAUUAUAACUGCAACAAAAACAGCUUCACUAAUUCAGAAUGUGUAUAUUGUUGGAGGACAUAUCAGCCGAAGUAGCCUUGAUAAAGGAAAUGUCUUCACCAUUCCUUCCAACAAGUAUGCUGAAUUCAAUAUGUUUCUCGACCCGUUUGCUGCAAAGACAGUCUUCGAAUCUGGACUAAACAUCACACUCAUUCCACUCAGCACUCAGCGCAAAGUCAGUCUGUUUGCAGAGACUCUUGAGAGGCUGGAGCUGACAAGGACUCCUGAAGCUCAGUUUGUCAAGCGUCUGUUGUUCAGGCUAUACACUUUGCAGCAAACUCAUCACAGAUAUCGCCAUAUGGAUACAUUCUUGGGUGAAAUCCUUGGUGCAAUAUUCUUAGGUGGAGAUCAUUCCAGUUUGAAACCCACCAUUCAAGAAAUGCCCAUCAAAGUCAUUGCUGAAGGUGUUACAUCCAGGGAUGGACAGAUUUUGAUUGAUAAAAAGCGAGGCAAAUUAGUAAAAAUAUUGAAAAACAUUGACCAUAUGGCCUAUUAUGAUCUAUUUGCCAACAGAUUGGGUGAUGAAAAGCAGUCUGCUGUAUUAGGAAGCUAUGAUGAACAGAGAAUAAUGUGGAAUACUCCACCUAAUCAAACUUCAGAGUUCCGAUUAAGGGUCGGAUUUUGUUUCCUAGACAACAGAAAUUCAAGUUUAGUUUCAUGAUAGUACAGUAGCUUUAUUUGUAUUGCUCAUUGUUCAUAGUAGAAUCUCCUGAAGGACCAUGUUUCAAAUAGAAUAAAUAAUUGUGUUUUAUAUUCAGAUUAAUGAAGGAAAACAGGAAAACUCAUACCAGUGGUCCAAUUGUCUGCAAGACUUUGUAGUUCUUAUACCAGUGAUGGUAACUGUUUUCUGGAUGAUGCAGAUACUAAAUCAAGAACAUCCUUAACGAGUGAUUGAUUUGGGGUAUCAGUUGCUUGUGGUACGAGGGAUCCGGAAUCGGUCUCAGACAGAAGUAGAAGUGUAGCCAUAACUUCAGUUUCUGAAUCAUCAUCAUCACUUGUAUCCAAAGUUAUAUAAGCGGCUGAGUUAUUCCGAGUCUUAAAAUAACUUUAAAUAUCUUUGAAUUAUAGUCAUCAUUCAUUGUGCAAUCUUUAAAACAUUGACCAAUAGGCAUAGUGAUUAAUUAACCAACAAAAUUUAGAGUCUCAAAGAUACUCCUUUCAGGGACCAGAUCAAUUGAUUUUUUCUCUUUUUGCCAUUUUUUUUUCAUUUUUUAACAAAAUAGUGGAA